UGUUCGCUGUCAUCGUGACUAAGACUGCGCGGUUACUUAGCGGGAGGCAAAGAACAACUUUAGGGAGUAUUCGAAUUUUGCGGCUCGUAGAUCUGAGAUGUUGGGCUGGGCAAUAGCGUUGCCAAUAGUUGGAACUUACAUUAUUACUUCUGUGGUUCUCUUAAACUUCCCAUGGCUAGUACAUAAGAAGAAAAAGCUGAAGUUUCGUUGUCGACACAUCAGCCACAGAGGAGGAGCUGCUGAAAAUUUAGAAAACACAAUGACAGCUUAUCAUCAUGCAUUAAAUAUGGGAACAGAAAUGCUUGAACUAGAUGUCCGCUUGACAGCCGAUAAACAGGUUGUUGUGUGUCAUGAUGACGACCUUUCCCGUGUUACAGACACAGAAUACAAUAUUUCUGAUUUCAAUUACAAGGAUCUGCCACCUCUAAUGAAAAGGCUCAAUGUUCAGUUUCAGCCAGGUGUUACAUGUGAUGUAAAGAAUGACGACUGUCGUAUUCCAUUACUAGAAAGUGUUUUUGAAGCAUUUCCUAAUAUUCCUAUAAAUGUAGACAUAAAAACCAACUCUGAUGUGCUUAUAGACAAGACACAUGAACUUAUCUGCAAGUACAACAGAAAGGAUUUAACAGUGUGGGGGAACUUUUCAAAAGAAGUUACUGACAAGUGUUACAAGAAGGAUCCAGAAAUCCCAAUAAUGUUUUCAAUGAAGCGUUGUGCUGCACUUGUGUUGCUGUUUUAUACUGGUCUACUGCCAUUUAUUCCCAUCAAGGAGUCAUUCCUGGAGAUCAUGUUACCAGUCACAAUGAUUAGGUAAAGAUGUUACCAUAUAAUUGAGUUCAAACAUUAUUCUUUAAAUAACAUGAAUAAGUAAUAAAUAUUAAUGGUUAGAAGCCCGGACGUGCAGACAAGGGAU